AUGUUCUGCUUCUUCUUAUUGGGUUAUUGUUUGUCAGGUGCAACAAGCUCAGAGCUGCUGAGCCGUCAAAGACGAGCAUGGAUUACCGACUCCUUUGAGAUUGAGGAGGGCCAUCCAGGACCCUUCCCAUAUGUGUUGGGCAAGGUGGAUAUUGUUCGGCAACAUCGAAUAUACUUUGAACUGUACGGAGAAGGAGCAGAUCAGGAGCCAAUGGGAGCCCUCUCUAUUGACAAAGACUCUGGCACUUUGUAUGUCCACAAGGCCGUGGACUAUGAGGAGAAGAAAAUGCUUGAGCUAAAAUUUGAGGCCAGGAAGAUGGACACAUCAAUUGACACUAGUUUAGGAAUUCAGAUUUCUAUAAAGGACAUCAAUGACAACCCACCGCGCUUUGAGAGGAAUCUGUAUGAGAUUAAUGUUGAUCAGGAACACACACAAGGCGCCAGUCUUUUGAAAGUGCAUGCUAAUGAUCUAGACCAGAGAGGAACAUUAAACUCAACCUUCCACUAUGAAAUCAAAUCUGUAUCUCCAAAAAUUAGCGACACUGAAUUCUUUAUUGAUGAGUCUGGGGAAAUCUCAUUCAAAGGAUGUUUAAAUCACGAGGUGGCUGAAAAGUUUACAGUAGUGGUGGAGGCCAAAGACCAUGGUGACAUAAUCAGCCUGUCCAGUUCAACCACUGUUGUGAUUCACAUACGGGACGGCAACAACCACCUUCCAAUCAUCAGUGGUCAAACGGGCACUGGCAAAGUGAAGGAGCUUGCGACUGGGGUCUCUCCUCUGCGGCUGCAUGUGACAGACAAAGACACCCCCCACACCUCAGCAUGGAGAGCCAGAUACACCGUACAUGGUGAUGAGGGAGAGCACUUCAGGAUAGUAACUGACUUAGAUACUAAUGAUGGAAUCCUGACAGUAGUUAAACCUUUAGACUUUGAGAAGGGGGCACAGAGGGAGCUGUUGAUCUCAGUGGAAAAUGAGGCACCAUAUUACUCCUGUAACGUGAAAGAGAGGACAUCCUCAGGCCUCUGGAAAGUUGACACCAUUAAAGGCCACGAUCCCUCUGGUGCAGCUGAGCCUGAUUCUGUACAAGUCACCAUUGAAGUGGAGGAUAACAACGACCCUCCUCAGUUCACUGUGACCACGAAAAAGGUCGUGGUGGAGGAGAACGCACCAGUUGGAACCUGGGUGGAGAAAGUUACCGCUGUGGAUCCUGACUCCAGUCAUGCGCGAGAUUUUGUUUACAAGAUAGGAAAUGAUUCUGCUGGCUGGGUGAUCGUGAAUCCCCACACAGGUGACAUCACAAUGAUCAAGACACCUGACAGAGAAUCUCCACACGUUGUUAACGGCCUCUACACCAUCUUAGUGUAUGCAGUUGACAAUGGUAACCCACCUAUGACAGGUACAGCUACACUGCAUAUCCAUGUGACUGACCAGAAUGACAACGUGCCAAAGCCAAGAGUGGACAGCCUGGAUGUGUGCGUGUCCGAUGCCCCCACAACCACCAACAUCAUGGCCUCUGACCCGGAUGACGUACCGUACGGAGGGCCUUUCACAUUUGAACUGUUGGGGAAUGUGGAAGGAAAAUGGAGCCUGAAUCCUGCCUAUGGUGACACAGCUGGUCUGGUGAAGGAGCCCAGUGUGUACGCUGGUCACCACACAAUUCAGCUAAAGAUCUCCGACAUACAGGGAGCAUUUGGAGUUUACAACCUCAGUGUGGCUGCGUGUGACUGCACUGUGACACCCAACUGUCACAAAAAACGCCGAAACGCUGGAGCAAAUCUUGGCCUUUAUGCUUUAUGCAUAAUAGUUUCUUCACUGUUACUACUUCUAUUUGUGUUGCUGAUGGUGUUCAGCAUCUCACGCAAAAAGAGAGAGUUCAUCACUAUGCAGCCUGUUGACUGCUCUGAAACAACCCUCCUCCGAUCAAACACUGAGGCGCCAGGAGAAAAUGUCCAGAUUCCCGACUGCAUUAUUGGCUAUAAUGGAUCUAAUUUCCAAAGUCCACAUAUUGUCAGUAGUCACUGCUUUAAUUCAAAACCUAAGGAUGUGAAUCAGAGCUUCAUCCAUUCACACUAUAGGAAUUCCAGAAGAGACAACCUGUCCUACCAAUACAGCAACACUGGGAACCAGUUUCAGACAACCUGGAAUUCUCUCAUAUCCACAGGCUGUGACGACACCUACCAGUUUGAAGACAUGGGUGCCAUGAACUUCUUCCAAACACAAAACGUCAAAUCUGGUUUACAGUCAUGUGCCCUCAUGCUACUUCAUCAGAAGCUGGACCUGCUCCAGAAGCAAGAAGGGGACUUGUUGGACUAUGCGCCUCACAUUUAUACAGAAGAAGGGGACUCAGACAAUACCUCUGACCUGCAGCCUUCUUUAUCUCCCAUCUGUAUUUCUGAACAGGGGUCAUUUCAGGACACACUGGAAGACCUGGGCCCAAAGUUCCACCAGCUGGCUUCCAUCUGUGGCCCAGAACUACAAGACUGAAUAUAUUCUGUAACAGAAUAUUUUUAUUCUAAAUGUGGGGAAGAACACAUUUAACCCUCGGAUUCUGUUCUUCCUCCGAAGGGUGACUGGCCUCUCCCUUAGACUAUCUAUCUAUCUAUCUAUCUAUCUAUCUAUCUAUC